AUGAAUGCCCCUCCAGCGCUCGGGUACCCGCCCGGCGUGUCACUGGCGCCCCCAGACCAGGUGUCCCCGACAGCUGCCAGUUUUGGCUCCAAUAACCCUUUUCGCAAUCGCGCCUUGUCCCCCUCGGUCGGCUCGAACACUAGCUCUCGACCAGAACGUCCACGAUCGACAAAUCCAUUUCUGGACGAAACCGACGCCUUGUCCCCCCAAUCAGCGCCUGGCUUAUCUACUGGCGCCAUGUCGUUCUCUCCGACCGAGAAACCGGACAUGACUAACAACACCCGAGAUCUCUUCGAAAACCUUUCCCUCAAACCGGCUCCGGCCCCGGCUCCGUCUGCCACUACAACAUCCUCUCAAACGAAAGGUUCCCGCUCUGCCCCUGAUGGUGCAUCUCGCGACCCAUCCAGUCGCCAUAGACCCCCGAGAGAACGAUCCGAGAGAUCGGAAAGGCGCCCGGCACAGCCGCGACCGGAGGACCCUUUCGACAUCUUUGCCGAUCCCCCACCUCCCCUUUCCAAAUCGUCUACUAUGGGUCCUCCGGGGAAAUCCUCCCGCCGUCCGCGCCGAAACUCCGAGUCAUCUGUGAUGGAGCGAGCCUCUAAGCUUUUUGACGAUGAUGACGAGAAGCGCCGACGGGAACGGCGUCAUCGUGAGCGCGAAGAGCGCCGCCGCGACGGCAAGCCUCGCUCCUCGCGUAGGGAUCGUCGGUUGGACAUCAUUGAUAAGCUGGAUGUGACUAGCAUCUACGGAACUGGAAUGUUCCACCACGAUGGCCCCUUCGAUGCGUGCAACCCUCACCGCAACCGAAAGGGCGUGCGCACUGCGCCCAUGCAAGCCUUCCCCAAGGGAUCCAGCAAUAUGGCCUUGGGUGGCGCUGGCCCCAACAACUCCAACAUCGACCUUAACCUCUUUCACGGUAGAAUGGAGGAAGCACACCACGAUUUCGCCAAAGUCCACCGCCCUGCCCCUGAAACCGUCGAAUUCAAUGCCAGCGCUCGCAUCGAGCCCGUUCAUGGACAACAGACUAUGGGCCUUGGAACCAGCACAUUCUUAGACGGUGCGCCCGCUAGCCGCUCAGCCAUUGCACGCCGCGAAAGCGAGGGCGUCGAAGAAAACGGAGGUCUUCAGCGCAAGAAAAGCUUGGCGCAACGCUUGCGCGGCCGGAGUGGCACUAGCCGCCCUUACGCUUCUCCCACCGAGCCAAAUUUUGCCUCUCCAGCCAAGGAACCAGGUUCUAGCCAUUCCGCCUCCUCUCGUGGAAACGAGAGGAACCCGUUUUUCCAGGAUUAUGAUGAGGAGUAUGAUAGGAAAGCUGCACGCAUCCAGGAGUCUCGAUUGGAAGGUGGAGGCCGGACACGCUCAUCCAGUAGCCCCAAGCAGUCGACCGGUCUGGAGCGUAAGUCGACCAACGAGCGGGGCUACGACGAGUCGAAGCUUGGUGCCGGGGGUGGUGGGUUUCUGAAUCGAAUGAAAAGCUUGCGCAAGCCACGGCCCGAGCGCCGGACUAGCGACUAA